CCUCACGCUUCUGAGACAGUUCCAGUGGUUGCAGAUGUAAAAGCAGACGAGAUUAUUGAAACAUUAGCCGAACCGCUUUACCCUAUAAUCUGAUACCGGACAUGUUUAUUCCUCACAAAUACCGGAACAUUAUUCCAAAAGAUCCCAUUUAUGAUGAAAAAAGUUCUUUUAUCGUCCCAGGUUCUUGGGAAUGGUUCACCUUUAUGUACAAGAUGGAGAUACAAAUGGCUAUUAAAGUCGCAGAAGAACGUCAUUUAAGACUUAUACAAGAAGAACAGAUCGCACGUGAAGAGCAUAAGGCUAGGGCCCAGAAAUUAGCGCGUGAUGAAGCUGGUAUUUUACCGGCGCGUCGUUAUGCACACAAAGAUCGUACGACAGAUGAGAAUUCUGCUUCUACUUCAGAGGAUACUAAAGACCUCGAAUGUCGGCCCCUUAAACGUGACGUAAUUUGGUAUUGUUACCUUUUGAUCUUCAAUGUAGUCCUCCUAGCCAUAAAAUAA